UCAUGCUAGGAGACUGUCACUUCUGGGCGGGAAACAAACUUGUGUUAUUUCAUUUGAUUAAAAAAAUUGUGCCAAAUGUUUCCCCUCCUGUUUUUGGCUUACGUUGUAGCCAUCAAGGUAUUCAAGAAAACUACUCCAAAUGGAAAAGUUACGGUUUACCUUGGCAAAAGAGACUUCAUUGAUCACCUGGACAGUGUAGAUCCCAUCGAUGGCAUCGUCGUCGUUGACACCGAUUAUCUUCAGGGACGAAAGGUUUAUGGACAGGUGACAACAACUUUCCGCUAUGGCCGCGAAGAAGAUGAAGUUAUGGGUGUCAAAUUCAGCAAGGAACUCGUUUUAAGUCGUGAGCAAAUAGUGCCAAUUAAGAAGGAAAAACAGGACAUGACACCUGUACAAGAGCGUCUCCUGAAAAGGCUCGGGCAAAACGCAUAUCCUUUCUUGUUCCAAUUCCCAGUUAACUCCCCCAGCUCUGUCACACUACAGCCUGGUGAUGACGAUCAGGGGAAACCAUUGGGAGUAGAAUAUACCAUCAAAAUAUACGUCGGCGAACACGAAGAAGAUAGGGGACACAAACGAUCAUCUGUAUCACUAGCAAUAAAGAAAUUGCAGUAUGCUCCACCGACAAGAGGACGUAAAAUACCCAGCUCCUUGGUUUCUAAAGGAUUUACUUUCUCUCAGGGCAAAUUGAGUCUCGAAGUCACGCUAGACAGGGAAAUUUACUACCAUGGAGAAAAAGUAGCAGCGAACGUUAUAGUUACCAAUAAUUCUCGAAAAGCAGUGAAGAAUAUCAAGUUGUUUGUAGUUCAGCAUUGCAAAGUCACAAUGGUCAAUACCCAAUUCUCCCGACACAUAGCGAGCUUGGAAACACGCGAAGGGUGCCCCAUUACACCGGGUGCAGCUUUCACAAAACAGUUUUAUCUUGUACCAUUAGCCAGCAGCAAUAAAGAUCGACGCGGCAUUGCGCUUGAUGGACAUCUAAAAGAGGAUGAUGUGAAUCUUGCAUCUUCUACUCUGGUUGCUGAGGGUAAAGCUCCAAAUGAGGCUAUGGGUAUUGUCAUCUCUUACUCUGUGAGAGUGAAAUUGAACUGCGGUACCUUGGGUGGUGAACUGGUUACAGAUGUACCACUCAAGUUAAUGCAUCCAGCUCCAGGAGCUGCAGAAAGAGAAAAGGCUAUAUUGAAGAAGAACAAAACCGUGGAUAGAAUACGCUUUGAUAAUUCUUGUUACUCUAACGACGAUGACGAUAAUAUCGUGUUCGAAGACUUUGCUCGCCUGCGUCUGAACGAACCAGAAUAAAUUACCUUCGAAAAGGCAAUUAUUUACAUCAAAAGAAUCUUAGAUUCGAGAAUAGAUUGUAGUACAUUUAAUUCAGGAUCAAAUAGAAUUGUAUUAAAUAGUAGAAAGUACACUAUAAUGUAUAUAAAUAGAACAGUCGACUCUAAGAUUCUUUUGAUGUAAGUUACACCGACGUAUUAAUGAAAAAAUAAAAAGGUACAGAAGGUAAAAUGAUUAUUGUAUCGAUAACUUGUGUACGGCGUCAUGCGGAAGUAAAUAAAUGUUAAUGUGAGAAAAAAUGUGACAAAAAAGUACAAAAAAAAGCGAAAAGUACGAUACAAAAAAACGUGUACCGUCUUAAAAUUUCUAUCCGAUGGUGGUGGUCGGCAAGAAAUUUUCAUAAAGACAAACAAAAAAAAUAAUUCAAAGUAAGCUUAAUGAAUACUUUAUAUUCGGCUAAGUUUAAACUUUCCCGCCUUACCAGAAGUGACGUGUAUGCUAUUAAUUUUGAUUAAUUGUGAUUAUAACGUGUCUGUAAAUGUUUAUUUAUUACAAAUUGAUGACAUUAUUGAGUUAUAAUCUAUAUGUUAGAAGAAAAAUAUAAAUACUGCAAAAUGCGGAUGUUUGAA